UUAUCCAGAUGUCAGCUCAGACGACCGUGAGCGGCUGGCAGAGUGUUUCGCUCAAAAGAAGCCUUGUUUUACAGGAAUGCAGCACACCAUGGCACAGCUCCUCGGCUCACUUUUUCUCGUUGGAAUUUUAUUUCAAGCCACAAGCGGGAUUUUUAUGGAAAAGUUGUCAAGCAAAAAGCUUUGUGCAGAUGAAGAAUGUGCCUACACCAUCUCACUGGCUCAAGCUAAAGAGGACUUCACUGCUCCUGACUGCAGGUUCAUAAACUUCAAGAGUGAUCAGCUCAUCUAUGUGUACGCCAAGCUGCUUCCCGAUGAAGGGGCCGGAGAGUACUGGUUGGGAAGUGUUUACAGUGACCGUUUAGUGGAGCAGAUGGGGGUCAUUGGUUUUUUUCCAAGCAACCUAGUCAUGGAGACUAAUGUUUUCAAGAAAGAAAAUGUUGAAAUCCCAACAACAGACAUCGACUUCUUCUGUGACUGAAAUGAUGAAGGCUGGCUGAUGCAGACGUGGCUUAUUAAGUGAGGACACGCGCAGUGCCUGAGACUAGGAUGGAAAAGCUGCUACUUUCAAACAGAAUGCAAAUGUAAGCGCAUCUGACAUUGCGGAAAUACUGGCAAAUGCUUUUAUGUGGCUCAAUCAAAUAAAAGUGCAUGAUGCAGUG